AUAAGCUAGCUUGCAUAUAUAAGCAUCCAAAGACCUCUACAAUCACAGGAGUAGUUGCUUGAGAUGGGCAUUUCUGUUCCUCAAUACAUAGCUCUGUGUGGAGUUACACUUGUAAUUGGAUGGCUUGUGCAGUGGGUAUACAAAUGGAUUAACCCGGUUUGCAACGGGGUUCUUCCUCCUGGCUCCAUGGGAUUCCCUGUUAUUGGUGAGACCUUGGACUUCUUCAAGGCAAGCCCUUCCCUGGACAUCCCUGACUUCUACAAACUAAGGAUGAAAAGGUACGGCCCGAUUUUCAAGACAAGCUUGCUGGGGCAGCGUGUGGUUAUUUCCACCGAUGCGGAGAUGAAUCGGUUUAUCCUUCAGCAGGACACAUUGUUCCGUAUUUGGUUCCCUCGGGCACUGGCUAAAAUAUUCGGGGAGGAGAGCCUGGAAGCCUACCAUGGCAAAACCCACAAGUUCAUCCGAAGAUGCGCCCACACGCUGUUGGGUGUCCAGACUCUCAAAGAUGUGCUCCUCCCUGAGAUGGAGGCCGCUGUGAGGGAGCGCCUUGCCGCAUGGGCCACCAAGCCGAGUGUCGACGUGCGUGGCGGUGCGCCCGACCUUCUGUUUGAGCUGGUGGCGAGGAAGUGCCUUGGUUUUGAUUCCACCAAGUCGGGACAACUGCGGAGCACGUUUGAUGUGCUUUUCACAGAGCUCUUAUCCUUCCCGAUAUAUUUUCCCGGGACAUCAUUUUACCGAUGCAUGCAGGCAAGGAAAAUUGUGCAGAAGACAGUCCGGGAUACGUUGGCAGAGAGGUUAAUUACACCAGGGAAUAAACAUGGUGACCUCCUUGACAUAAUUGUCGAAGAGCUGCGGGCUGAAGAGUCAUCACUAAGUGAGAAUUUGGCAGUUGAUGUGGUCUCAGCAUUGUUGUUCGGCAGCGUCUUCACGCUAUCAGGAGUCAUCGCUGUAACAUUCAAGUCACUCCAUGACAACCCGGACGUUGUCCAUGCCCUUGAGGAGGAGAACCGAGCUAUGCUGACAGAUCGGAAGGGUGGGUGCUCCGGGCUCACAUGGGAGGAGUACAAGUCAUUGACAUUCACUAAUCAGGUGACCAAUGAGAUUAUUCGAAUCAGCAAUGCCGUACUUGGGUCAUUUAGGACAACUCUUGCGGAUGCACAAGUCAAUGGCUAUACAAUUCCAGCCGGAUGGUUGGUCAUAGUCAACCCCAUGGCAGCUCAUAUGAACGAAGAAUUUUUCGAUGAUCCACUCAAAUUUAAUCCAUGGAGGUGGAUGGAUGAGUCAAAGCGCAGCACAAUGCUGAAGAAUUUCUUGCCAUUCGGAGUAGGCAUUAGGGUAUGUCCUGCCGCAGAGUUUAUCAAGCUGUUACUAACACUUACCCUCCAUAUUUUGGUAACGGAAUAUAGAUGGGAAGAAAUGAAAGAAACAUAUGCAUUUCGAAGUGCGGAGGUUAUGUUCCCGCAGGGCUACCACAUUCGACUUCGACCAAAGGACGACCAAACGAGAUGAUGCAUAUACCAACUGGAAACUAUGCCUAUCAGACUUCUGACCGCAUUGUCUAAAAUUCAUUGCUCUUGUUCUAGAUGUUUCUAUGCACUACGCUG